CCCGUGCCUCCGGACUUUCUCUCCCCUCAACCCUUAAAUACUCUGCCGUUCGCUUCCAUUCCCUUUCUUCCUCUACCCCAUUGACUUCGUAUCUAUCUUACGCUUCAAUCUCGCUUUCUCAACCUCUUUCGGAUCACUCUCGUCGAGGCGUGAUCGCCAAUAACCGCCAAAAUUUUCGGCACACUUCUUAACUCGCGUCACCACCCGUUCAACGGCCGGCGCUCAUCCUCUCGUGGAGGGGCAUCGGACUACGAAUUAUAUACCUUGUAAAUAAUUCAUCACCAAACAUCCCACUCCCGCCAUACUAGUCAAUUGUUCUGCUCUGUGAACGCAAUGGCUCCCCACGCAAAUUCGGAUGUUGCUACCAAUGGCGCCGUGAACGGGUCGGCUUCCCCCUCCCCUCUGUUUACCGUCAAUUCGCCCAACGUUGAGUACACGGACACCGAGAUCAAGAGCAAGUAUGCUUAUCACACCACCGACAUCACCCGUACUGCCGACAACAAACUGGUUGCCACGCCCAAGGCAACCAACUACCACUUCAAGGUCGACCGCAAGGUAGGCAAGGUGGGUAUGAUGAUGGUCGGUUGGGGUGGAAACAACGGUUCCACUGUUACCGCUGGUAUCAUUGCCAAUCGCCGCGGCCUGCAGUGGGAGACCCGCGAGGGCAUGCGUGCUGCCAACUACUACGGCUCCGUUGUCAUGGGCUCGACAGUCAAGCUAGGAACCAAUCCCAAGACCGGCGAGGAAAUCAACAUCCCCUUCCAUGACAUGGUGCCCAUGGUCCACCCCAAUGAUCUUGCCAUUGGCGGAUGGGACAUCAGCAGCAUGAACAUCGCCGACGCCAUGGACCGGGCCCAGGUUCUCGAGCCCUCCCUCAAGCAGUUGGUCCGCAAGGAAAUGGCCGAGUUGAAGCCACUGCCCAGCAUCUACUACCCGGACUUCAUUGCUGCUAACCAGGAGGACCGCGCGGACAACGUCCUCGAGGGAUCCAAGGCUUCCUGGGCUCACGUUGAGAAGAUUCAACAGGACAUUCGGGAAUUCAAGGCGCAGCAUGGCCUGGACAAGGUGAUCGUCAUGUGGACUGCAAACACCGAGCGGUAUGCCGACAUCGUGCCUGGUGUCAAUGACACAGCCGACAACCUCCUCAACUCCAUCAAGACCGGCCAUGAGGAAGUUGCCCCAUCCACCGUCUUUGCGGUUGCUUGUAUCCUGGAGAACACUCCUUUCAUCAACGGAUCUCCCCAGAACACCUUCGUUCCCGGUGCCAUUGACCUGGCCCAGAAGCACAAGGCCUUCAUCGGCGGCGAUGACUUCAAGUCGGGCCAGACCAAGAUGAAGUCUGCUCUCGUGGACUUCCUGAUCAACGCCGGUAUCAAGCUUACCUCCAUUGCCAGCUACAACCACCUGGGUAACAACGAUGGCAAGAACCUGAGCUCCCAGAAGCAGUUCCGCUCCAAGGAGAUCUCCAAGUCCAACGUCGUGGACGACAUGGUUGCCGCCAAUCACAUCCUCUACGAGAAGGAUGAGCACCCGGACCAUACUGUCGUGAUCAAGUACAUGCCGGCCGUUGGUGAUAACAAGCGUGCUCUGGAUGAGUACUACGCUGAGAUCUUUAUGGGGGGCCACCAGACGAUCAGCUUGUUCAACAUCUGUGAGGAUUCCUUGCUGGCUUCCCCGCUGAUCAUCGACUUGGUCGUGCUCGCCGAGGUGAUGACCCGCGUCAGCUGGAAAGAGGAUGAAGCUGCCGAGUACAAGGGCUUCCACAGCGUGCUCAGCGUUCUCAGCUACAUGCUUAAGGCUCCCCUGACUCCCCCCGGCACUCCUGUUGUCAACUCGCUGAACAAGCAGCGCAAUGCCCUCACCAACAUCUUCCGUGCCUGCGUUGGCCUCCAGCCAGAAUCGGAUAUGACCUUGGAGCACAAGCUGUUCUAGGCGUCUGUGGAUCGCUUUACUACUCAUAACGACGAACUAUUCUCCAACUAUAGUCACUCCUUAGAAAUGCAUACUGAUUACAUCUACCGUA